GUCUCGGCCUUUUCCUUUCAAUUUUGACCCAUUACCUUCACUCAAAGCUUUCUGGUUUAUGAAAUUGAUACAAUGCCAGCAAUGGAUUCUUCAGUGAAAACAAGCAUAUAAAUCAAGUACAGUGGGACAUGCAUGUUGGGUUGAUUAACAUAAUUGAUUGAUUAAGCAUCCAUAAUUAGCACCUUUAAGCCAAUAAUACAAUCCAAAUUUUUUUCUUUUAUAUAUGAUUUGAAAAUGCCAAACUAGUUGUGAGCUAAGAGUCCUUCAAAAAGGAGUGACAGUGAGCAUGAUAAGCAGCAUGGAGGCAAGCAAUUUUAAGGCCAUGGAAAUCAUAAACUAGGCCCUGUUUGGAUUUUAUGCUCUCAUUGUGUUAAACUUUAGCUUUUUUCAAAAGCUUCCUUUUUGGGCUAUAUGUUCACAAACACCAUUUCAUCUGAACUGCACAUUCCUGUCUAAAACACAUAUCUCAAUAUCUCCAGAAUGGCAGAUCAAGAAGCAACAACAGAAGAACAGAAGCUGCUGGCACAAUGGAAGAGAAGAAAAGGUGGAUUCAGAGCUUCCAUGUUCAUUUUUGUGUUGUCAGCAUUGGACAACAUGGGUUUUGUGGCAAACAUGGUGAGCUUAGUGCUGUAUUUUUAUAUGGUGAUGCACUUUGAUCUGUCCAGUUCUGCCAACACUCUCACAAACUUUAUGGGUUCAACUUUCUUGCUUUCCCUUGUUGGAGGCUUCAUCUCAGACACUUACCUCAAUAGAUUCACCACAUGCUUGCUUUUUGGAUCACUUGAGGUUCUGGCUUUGACAAUGCUCACAGUUCAAGCUGGUUCAGAUCAUCUACACCCAGAUGCUUGUGGCAAGUCAAGCUGUGUGAAAGGUGGCAUAGCAUUCAUGUUCUACACAUCAUUGUGUUUGAUGGCAUUGGGCAUAGGAGGAGUCAGAGGAUCCAUGACACCAUUUGGUGCUGACCAAUUUGAUGAAAAGGAUCAAAUUGAAGCAAAAGCACUUGCAAGCUUUUUCAAUUGGCUUUUGCUCAGUUCAACUCUAGGAGCAAUUACUGGUGUCACUGGUGUUGUGUGGGUUAGUACCCAAAGAGCUUGGCAUUGGGGUUUUUUCAUAAUAACCAUAGCGUCCUCUAUUGGCUUUGUGAUCCUUGCUCUUGGUAAGCCAUUCUACCGCAUCAAAAUCCCUGGAGAUAGCCCCACUUUGAGGAUUGCUCAGGUUAUUGUUGUGGCUUUUAAAAACAGAAAGCUGUCACUGCCAGAGUCACAGGAAGAACUAUAUGAGAUCAGUGAUAAAGAUGCUGCAGUGGAGAAGAUUGCCCACACCAACCAGAUGAGGUCUCUAGAUAAAGCAGCCAUUCUCCAAGAUAACUUAAAACCUCAGCCAUGGAAGGUUUGCACGGUGACACAAGUUGAAGAAGUGAAGAUCCUAACUAGAAUGCUACCCAUAGUAGCCAGCACAAUCAUAAUGAACACAUGUUUGGCACAGCUUCAAACAUUCUCAGUUCAACAAGGGAAUGUAAUGAACCUAAAACUUGGCUCUUUUACAGUGCCUGCAGCAUCCAUUCCUGUUAUCCCCCUUAUUUUCAUCAGCAUCCUGGUUCCCUUGUAUGAGUUGUUCUUCGUGCCAUUCGCGCGAAAGAUCACUCAUCAUCCUUCAGGAAUCACACACCUUCAAAGGGUAGGUGUUGGUUUGGUACUCUCAUCCAUAUCAAUGGCAGUGGCUGGGAUUAUUGAGGUGAAAAGAAAAGACCAAGGAAGAAAAGACCCAUCUAAGCCCAUAAGCCUAUUUUGGCUUUCUUUCCAAUAUGGUAUAUUUGGAAUUGCUGACAUGUUCACACUUGUUGGACUCCUUGAAUUUUUCUACAGAGAAUCACCUGCAAACAUGAAAUCACUCUCAACCUCUUUGACAUGGUUAUCAAUGUCUCUUGGUUACUUCUUGAGCACUGUUUUUGUCAAUGUCAUCAAUGCUAUUACUAAAAGGAUCACUCCUAGCAAACAAGGAUGGUUGCAUGGGUUUGACUUGAACCAAAAUAAUCUGAACCUUUUCUAUUGGUUCCUAGCCAUACUUAGCACACUUAAUUUUUUCAACUACCUUUAUUGGGCUUCCAGGUACAAGUACAAAUCUGAAGAAAGCAAUUCAAGCACAGGUUUUAAUGGUUUAGUUGAAAUGCAUCUUGGGGCAAAGCAAGACUGGGAAGCCAAUGGUGAACCACCCACCCAUCGUGACCGAGAGAUUUAAGAUCUUAUGCCUCCAUUUGGUGUCUAACCGAAUGACAAUGAGAGUGAGACUGCUAUAGUAUCAGAAUGUACUAAGAAGCUUUGGGAUGUGGAAAUAGGUAGUGGUUGAAAUCAAUGUUAUGGAACAUGUGUGGUAGUAUGAUUGAUUGUUGUUGUCGGAUCUGUGUGCCCAGAGUUUAAAGGUUUUUUAUUUUAUUUUAACAUGCUCCUUUCAUACCA